AUGGUCCGCGCCUUUAAUCUCCGCCUCGCCCUUCAGGCAACCGCUAUCAAAGUCUCGGCAAAUCUGGUCACUCAGCUCAUCAUACACCUGAGAGCGCCCGGCGGCCACUCUCCCUUCGAUGAGCAGCAGGUCAUAGAAUUCGCCAUUUAUGGAUUUGUCGGGUCGCAGGUCGGCAAUGUCAUCCAAUUUAUCCUCGAGGACUGCUUCCCGACUGGUCGCGCCAUGAGGGCCAAUGAGACCUUGCCUCAGGUUCAGGGCGACGCCAAGCAGUUGGAAGAAAAGAAGGAUGACGACAAGAGAGGAACGAAAAAGUCAUAUUUCAGCAUCAGUCCUGACCUUAUUUGGCGCAACGUUUUGGCGAAACUCAUUCUCGAUCAAACUAUCGGUCUGGCUAUCAGCGGCAGCGUCUUUCUCAUCUGCACCAACAUCGCCCGUGUGGAAAGUCCCUUGAUGGUUCUCGACGUUAUUGGCAAUAGGCUAUGGCCUCUCAUCAAAGCUGGCUGGCAUAUUUGGCCCCAAGAUAAGGAUCAGUCGCUUGAUCCUUCCCAGGAUGGUUUAGCGCAAUCUCUAGCCUUAUCUCCGCGUCGAUCAUGGGUCGGAUGUUCGAGAUGCAAGAGCUUCAAGAAGAAGUGCAGUGAGGAGAGACCCGCUUGUCAGCGAUGUACCCUUGCUGGCGCUAAGUGCGAGUAUGCCGUCAAGUUACGUUGGGGAGGGAGGCCAUUCGAUCGCUCACCUUUUGGAGAGUGUUUGACACAGAAUGAGGGUAAUGUUCAAAGAUUAGAUCUAAACAAGAAAAACUUCAUUUAUGUUUCGCCUUCUACUCCCAAGUCUGGUCCAUCAAAGGUUACAUCACCGCCAAAACAGGCGGAUGAUGAGCCACAAUGGAUACCGACACCCGAAGUUCCCGAUUCAUCCGGAUCUUUGCAGAUGAUCCUUAGCCAAGGACAGAUGCCAAUUCCUCUGAUUCCCUCUGUCGAGCUCUUCGGUCACCUCUCUCCGUUGCACAGAUCAGGUCUUCAGUACUUCACUGAAAGAACAGUCAGGGCCCUUGCGCCCCACCCUCAGAUAUUUAACGAACUAUGCGACUUAAUUCUGCCCAUGGCGAUAUUCCAUGAACCUCUACUCCAAGGCAUCGUCGCACUCGCAGCAACGCAUCGACUUGCCAGCUGCAAGACGAGUGAAGAACAGAACGCCCAAGCGCUCAUCGUCGCUGGCUUCCAAGCUCUCAGUUCAAGAUCGCUCUGCCAACAACUGUCAGAUUGCGCUGAGAGCCAAGAACUUGUUCCACUUCUCGCUACUGCCCGAGCGUUGUUCGUCUGCGAAGUGUUUGCCAGCGAGCCCAGCGCGGACCGAUGGAGCGUACAUUUUAGAGGAGCCAGGGGAUUAAUUUCACGAAUUCAUGACAAAGGCCUCUCGCAAAACCCGACUGACGAGUUGCGCUUCUUACUGCGAUGGUUUGACAUGACGGAGUCACUCGUGUGCUUAUCGAUCAGCGAUCUUGCUCCAACACAGUCCGCCAUUCCCUCGCCGACGACUCUUCCAUCUUUCGAUCCAAAUGACGAGCCUGUGUAUAUCGACAUGUAUCUCGCGCGUACAAAGGACCUACUUUGUGUCUUCAAAGAGAUCGCACGACUAUCCCACAUCAGAAAUGGAGGGGAAUCGUCGCUAGAUGGCGAGCAAGUUGAUGCUGAGGUUUGGUGGCUACUGAGCCAUCUCCAAAGCAUCAUCGACCGAGACCAGGCCAACCCUCCUCCCGUUAUGUCAAUACGCGAUCGAGAUCUUUCUGUCGCUGAAGUCCACGAGUACCGAAUGUCGAAUCAAAUAUGGCAGAUGACGGGGCUACUCCUGAUUCACCGGCGCCUACGCCACGAGCCCCGAUCGUCAACCCUUGUUCAAGAUCUCGUACAACGCAUUCUAGAUUGUGCAGAACGAAUGACGCUGCGCGACGGCCUAACACCUGUGACUCUUCUUACGCCACCUUUGUUCUUUGCCGGCUGCGACGCUGUCGGAGAUGACCGACCGAGGAUAAAAACAUCGCUACAGGGUGUUUCGACUGCUCUCGGACUUCUGAACGCGCAAAGAGCAUUGGAAAUACUGGAACAAUACUGGGCUGCGGAUCCGGGGAUUGAUGAUGCUGUAGCCGAUAGGUCAUGGCCGAAGAACAGCCAAUUUCUCCCGUACUGA